AUGACGCAAGAUCGGAGAGAUGCGAGCGGCAAGAAGCUCGCGGUUAUGAACAAAUAUGUCUACGAUGCCUUUCUAUGGACAUUCUCCAUACUGGUGGAGCUCUUCUUUCGAGAGGUACAUCCAAGGAGUAGCUGGAAAGUGCCAAAAGAGGGCCCGGUCAUCUUCGUCUGCGCACCACAUGCGAACCAGUUUGUCGACCCCCUGAUGUUGAUGCGAGUCGUCAAGGCUGAAUCGGACCGCCGGAUACAAUUCCUGAUCGCAGACAAGUCUAUGAAGCGGAGAUUCAUAGGUUCAAUGGCAGGCUUGACGGGUGUGGUACCUGUCGGCAGAGCCAUGGACCAGACGAAGCCAGCCAAGGGCAAGAUUUACCUCCCCGACCCAAUUAACGACCCGUGCCUACUUCGAGGCGUCGACACCAACUUCGAAGAGUCGUCCUUCCAAGUCGGUGGCUCGGUCGUACUUCCAAAGGUGGACAACAAGGCAGCUACUGCAGAGAUAUUGGAGAUCAAGGGCCCCGAGGAGAUCAGAUUGAAGCGUGGCUUCAAGGGAGGCGUGGCUAUGCAACAAUUAACUGGCCGCAACGAUAUGACCAAGGAUGGCACUUUCGUCGACGGGGCUGCACAAAAGAAAGGCAUAGCCGACGGAUACGAAGGAACCAUCUUUCAAGUUGCACCGAAGCUGGACCAGACCGAAGUCUACGACGCUGUACAUGCGGUACUUCAUCACGGCGGAAGCAUCGGCAUUUUCCCAGAGGGCGGCAGCCAUGACCGCACUGAUCUCUUACCUCUCAAAGCUGGUGUUGCCAUCAUGGCUCUCGGUACAGUACAAACCAAGCCCGACUGCAACCUGAAGAUCAUACCAGUCGGCAUGAACUACUUCCACGCGCACAAAUUCCGCUCAAGGGCCGUCAUCGAAUUCGGCACCCCAAUGGAUGUCCCAGCCGAGCUUGCUCAGAAGUUCGCUGGUCCCGGGAGGCGUGAUGCUAUCGGCGAGAUGCUAGAAACCAUUCGUCAAGGUCUCAUCUCAGUGACUGUCACAACGCCGGACUAUGACACACUCAUGGUCAUACAAGCUGUGCGUCGUCUUUACAACUCAAAAGGCACGAAGCUCCCCUUACCCAGGGUCGUCGAGCUAAAUCGCCGCCUCGUCCAGGGCUACGAGCGCUACAAGUCUGACCCUCGCAUUAUCGAGCUCAAGAAGGAGGUUACCACUUACAACCGGAAGCUCAAAGCCCUUGGAAUUCGGGAUCACCAGGUGCAUUAUGCCAAGAUCCAUCCUAUCGUAGCAUUCGGCAUCUUCUGGUACCGCCUUGGCAAGCUUCUCUUCCUGAGUCUUCUUGUCCUGCCUGGAACGCUACUCUUCAGUCUUGUCUUUAUUGCGACUAAACUCAUCUCGAUCAAGAAAGCAAGGGAAGCUCUUGCUGCCUCAAACGUCAAGGUCCAAGCUAGGGAUGUCAUGGCCACCUGGAAGCUUCUCGUCGCCAUGGCUGCUGCCCCAACAGCUUACUUAUGGUACGUGAGCAUAGGGCUUUACUGGUACUCGUACAACAACUGCAACGGGUAUCUCCCACCAGGCAUCCAGAAAAGAUGGCUCAUUCUCCCUCAAUUGAUCGUGUAUGUCACGGUGACCUACGGCGCCCUCCGAUUUGGCGAAGUCGCAAUGGAUAUCCUCAAAUCACUCGGCCCACUCUGGAAGAUGAUGAACCCCUUCUCUAACAGCGAACUCGUUAAGCUUCAGGAGCGCCGCGAGCACCUUGCCAACCGCGUCAAUGAUAUCAUCAACGAGCUUGGCCCAGAAAUGUACGAAGACUUCUACUCUAAACGCAUCAUCCAGGAUCCCUUCUCUCAAGAUCAAGAAGAUGAAUCCGAAACGCCGCGCACGCCGCCCAAAAAGUCCGAUGCCGAUGCCGCCAGAGAAGCCGGUCAAGAAAUCGAGACGUACGACUUCCCCGCCUCGCCCAGUACCGACGGCCAACUUCCACGCAACGAGUCGUUCCAUGACCUUACCAACCAAGACAUCUUUUCCUCGCGCCCUCAGACACCGAAGAAGAGUAGAUCGAGGAAUGGUAGCUCGGCGAACUUGGGUGGCUUCCAGCUCAAACCAUUUAGUACCAUUGAUGGGAAUCUAGAUGAGGUGAAGAGGAGGCUCAAGGAUGGGGUCAAGGAGAGGACGAGGAGGCGGAGAAGUAGCGGGAUCGACGGGGAAUGGGAGGACGGAUAUGACACGCUAGAAGGAGAAGGAGAGGGAGAGGGGUUGAUGAUGGGGAAGAAAGCGAGGUAG